AUGGAGACAGAGGGAUUCACCAUAAAAUCCCGCAGCCCUGCUGCCCAGAUUAUCGGUCCCCCCUCUGCUGGCGCUUUCAAACAGCGAAAAAGCGGCCCUACUUCAUUCCGCAAGUUCUACGAGCGCGGUGACUUCCCCAUCGCCCUUGAGCACGAUACAAAAGGAAACCGAAUUGCCUGGAAGGUUGAAAUCGAGAAACUCGAUUACCACCACUACUUACCACUCUUUUUCGACGGCUUGUGUGAGACAACGCACCCAUAUGAAUUCUUCGCUCGGCAAGGCGUUCACGAUAUGUUGGAACACGGUGGAUCCAAAAUUCUCCCAGUUAUUCCACAGCUGAUUAUCCCAAUCAAAAACGCUCUCAACACUCGAUGUCGGCCCACUAUCUGCACGACGUUGAAGGUGCUCCAGCACUUGGUCGUAUCCGCCGAUAUUGUUGGCGAAGCGCUGGUCCCUUACUACAGACAGAUCCUCCCUAUCCUGAACAUCUUCAAAAACAUGAACUUGAACAGCGGGGAUGGAAUCGACUACUCUCAGCAGAAGAGAGAAAACAUCGGCGAACUGAUCCAAGAGACCCUUGAAGCAUUCGAGAAACACGGUGGACCAGACGCUUUUAUCAAUAUCAAGUACAUGGUACCUACAUAUGAGUCUUGUCUCCUCAACUAA